AUGAAGGAGUUUCCGGCAGAAAAAGAGGUGUCUCACCCCCUGCCUCAGAAGAACAUGGUUGAUGACAUGACGGUCGGUGGCACCCUGCUUGGGGAUUCAGCAAGUUCGGUGUCGACAUCCGUCCAGAAGGACAUGGAACUCCUUGUAGCAGGGCUGGUUGCCCAUUUGCCCACAUCCUUCAAAGCUUCAAUUUGCGAGCAAUUGUCAAGCGGCAUGCAGCAGCACUUCCGUCGCAGGCAGGGUCAUGAUGUCUCGAAGUCUCAACUAGGGCAGGAACUGGCCACCGUCGCUACUUCCACCGCAAAUGUGCUGGCGCGCUCGGGUCAGCCCAACAUGCCUGUAGAUGCUAACACAAUUGGCAUGGCAACCGAGUGCGCAAUUACUGCUGCAAGCCGUGCGGCAGAGGGUGGUUUGAGCCUUACGGCAACGCACUUGAGCUUCCUUUCCGCGCAGGCAGCUGCACUGGCAGCAGCAGAAAGGGCGGCUGCCUCAGGGGCCACCGGCGCUGAGAUUGGAGCAGCAGCCUCCGAUGCAGCAAAGGGCACCCACGCACCAAGCCAAGCUGCCGCAGACGCGGCCACGCAAGCAGCUGCUUCAGCUGCAGCAGAAAGGUCGAAGUCUGAAGACGCUGUUGUCGCAGCCCUGAAAAUCUUCAAUUUGUGUCCAGGAGAGCAGGCCAUACUCGGCGCAGAGCACGUGGCAACAGCAGUCGCGCGACAGUGCAUCCGCGCAGCUUCACCCUUGCACUGCGGUCUGCGUAUUCAUAUUGCCGCCAGCAAGGUGCUCUCUACCUGCAGCGCGCCUGUGAGUCCACUCGCACGGUUUGCUGCUCUCAAGGGCGCCUCUGCAGUGGGUGAGGGUGUGGCAUUCUCAGGCGCAAGUCCAACUCAAGUCGCAGAAUCUGUCAGACUCGCUUUGCAAGCAGCUGGAGCGGACGCAUCUUCGAGGCUGUCCGCAGCAAAAAUUGCCAGCAAGGCUUCUGCUCUCAAAGCAGCAAGCUUAGGAAGCCCACCAAGCCAAGUUGGAAUGGCUGCCAAGCAAGCAGCUGACAUCUUCAUGCGGAGCGCAGUCUUGAAAGAGUCCUUAGCUGCAGAAGCUGCUGUACAAGCAAUAAUUCGACAGAAGCUCAUUCGAGGUGCGUCGGCAGAUUUUCUUGCAAGCCAAGCCCGUGAAGCAGCAAAUGCUACUGGGGCGCAGGGCUCUGAGCACGCUACCCUAAUCUGCACUGCGGCCGUUGAGACGCUGACAACACAGAUAGCUCGAUUCUCGAGCCCGGGGGCUGUCGGUGCCGAAGCCAAGCACGUGGGCAUCUCAAUAGCCGCAGCACUGCCGCAGAAUAUGGGUACUGCCAGCAGUGCAUUUUUUUCGUUGAGGGAGGCGCUGUAUCUCGCUGCCAAAGCUGCUGUAAGAGCAGUGCUUGAGCAAGAGUUCCGAGAAGGCUUCGGUGAAGCGGAUCUUCUGAGAAAGGCUUUUUCACAGGCAAAGCUCGCCUUGUCAAAGGAGGUUGAAAUGUCAGGGAUGGAUUUUGCCAAAAUCUUUGGCAAGGUCAUCGUAAAGGAAUGUCUCAGGAGAGGAGCAAAUACGGAGACCGUGGCAGAGCUUCUGAGGGAAACCUCCAACCUCUUGCAGAGCGAAGCGCAAAGCUUGCAAAGUGCAGCUCUUAGCGACCACAGCAUGAUCCUCGUGUCGGACAUCACCUCUUCUCUGGCAGAGUCGGCUGCAGAAGUCAUGGCAGAGACAAAGUCCCAGCUCGGAGUACCACCUGCACAUGUUCAUGCACAAUGCAAGAAGCUUCUGCACAGCCUGAUGCUGCCAGAUGACGUAACAGGACACAUAGCAUCUGCCGCAGCACGGCGUGCUGCAACUCGUCACGCUGCAGAGGAUUAUCCAUUAGACGCCGGAACCACCGCGAGAGUGGCCGAUGGCUGGCAACCAUGGCAGGACAAAAGCUUGCCCGCGGCAAAGGCGGCUGCCAGGGAGGCAUCAAAAGCAUUGGCGGCUCGCAGUGUCUCGCCAGGAAAAAUCACGGAAGCGGCGGCUUCCCCAUUCGACGUGGGCGUUGCAGCCCAUGACUCCGUGGUAGCUGGCCUGGCAGCUAACACAUCGCGCACUCACGCGUUGCAGACUGCGGCACUGGGAAGCAGAGCACGCUCAGCAGCAGCCGGUGCCAUGGGUGAGGGCGCGGGGAGAGCUUUCUUGGGUGAUGCCUCCACGGAAGCUGCCCGACUGGUAGCCUUCGAGGACGCUCGCGCGGCUGCCAGGGCAAUUCUCCAGCACAACUUGGCAGACCGACUCUUAGUCUCCACGGACCUUGACGAAAGUGCUCGUCUGGCACGCAUCUCUGUUGAAGCCAUGGGCUUGCGAAUAGAAGAAGCCCGACGCGAGGUCGCGGAACAGUUUGCAGAUGAGCUCGCCAGUCGGGAGGCAUUGCGAAGAUUCUUGCGUGGGCUCGUAGUGCAGUGCCCAGGGAUUGCUGCCUUUACUGCUGCCGAUCUCGUGCGAGUGAUGCACUCAGACCUCCUCGAGGAAGAUGCGCGAUUGACGUUCUUUCUCUCUGACUGCAGAACAGGAGAUCCUGCAGGUGUCUGGGCAGGACUGCAAUCGCUUCUUCAGCGGAAACGGCGCCACAUGUCCAAGCUCGGAUUGGAGAUAUUCUACAUGGGUGGGCGCAAACUAGACUGGCAGCAAGUUGCGCAGCUUCCAGGGGCCCGAUGGGCCGCUUCCGCAGUCCUUGUAGGAGCAGAAAUCCUCAUCAUGGGCGGCUAUGCAGAUGGUCAAGACUUGGAUGUGGUAGCUGGCUUCAACCCGGCACUGUCAACAUGGAGGAGCCUGCCGCACCUGAAGCUCACAUGUCCGCGGUCCAUGUUUGCGGCUACUGUACUUGAUGGACUUGUGUAUGUUGUCGGCGGUACGAGCUGCGGGCGGGAGCUCAGCCUGUGCGAGCGAUGCGAUGGAGAAGGUUGGGAGUCGCUGCCCAAUCUUCUGAUGCCGCGUUUCGGGUGCUGCGCUGUGGUCACAGGAGGUAAUCUGUACACCACGGCGGGUUUCGCACGUGGAAUGGCAUUGAGAUGCUGUGAACGCCUCGACAUGUCAAGCUCCUGGCAGCCUUUGCCGCCGCCCACAGUUGCGCGUUGGAGCGCAGCGGCAGUGUCGCUGCACGGGCAGAUCUACGUUUGCGGAGGCUACAAUGGAGGGACGCCUUUGGGAAUCGUGGAGCGGUUCAGCCCCAACGAGGAGGCUUGGGAGUUGCUGCCGUGCUUAACAACUCCUCGCAAGCACCUGGCCGCUGUGCGAGCUGCAGAUUCUGUGUAUGUGCUGGGCGGGUUCGAUGGCAACGAGACCACCGCUGCCGUGGCUUCCUGA